AUAACACUUCAUCCAGAAUCACAGAUGUUAUAUUGUCCGGUAUUAAAAGUAGGUUCGACAUUUUGGAGGCGAGUUCUAUACGCUCUGGAUACUAAUACGCCAAUCCACACACCUUACGAUAUUCCUAUACAAAAAGCAUUAUCAGCCAAACACGCAAAUUUAUUCUCCGAGCUAAAAACAAACAAAGUUCGAACUGAACAUUUUCUAGAAAAUGAAUCGUUAAAAAUGAUGUUUGUUCGCGAGCCUUUUACCAGAUUAAUUUCCGGAUACAUCGACAAAAUUUUCGCUCCAAAUCCGUACUUCUGGUCAGUGAUAGGAAAAUAUAUCAUCCGUAAUUUCCGUGUAAAUGCCACGGAGAAAAGCAAAAAAUGCGGCCACGAUGUGACGUUUCCAGAGUUCAUAAAAUAUGUGAUUCAUUCUGAAGCAACCAAUAACACAGCUAGAGACGCCCAUUUUACUCCAAUAUACGAUCAGUGUAAACCUUGUGAAAUCAAAUACAAUGUCGUAGGCAAAAUGGAGAGCUUUUUAAACGAUACUACAUUUAUAAUGAAUAACAUUGGCUUUAAUAUCACCUUACUACAUGCACGCAACCAUUCAAAACAUAACAAAAAACAGCAGAAACUUGAAGCGUUAACGGACGCAUUUAAUCAAAUAUCUUCGGAGGAUAAACUUAAACUCAGAAAACUGUUUUUGCCAGAUUUCAAAUUAUUUGACUAUGAGUCCACACCAGCAUAUAUA